GACAGUUGUAGCCCAAUGACUGAUAGCCUUUAUAUAUCAGCUGUUGUUGGAGGCGAUCUGUCAGACGAGUUUAGGAUCUUGUGCGAGUUGCUGCUAGGGGACUUUUACCGGCGUAUGGGUUAUGAAAAAGAGUAUCACGUCAAGUUAAAACUUGCCAAGAGGUGUGAUAGACACUUGUUAAGUAACACAACCCAACAGAAUCCAAUCAUGAAGUUGCAAAGUACGUUGAAAACACCCGAAAUGCCCGUAACAGAGUGCGACUGGUUCGACCUAAAUGAAAACACGCCGUUUGAAGACGCGCUAGAAUUAAAAAAAUGCAAAUUAUUAGCAGAGAGGGUUGAAGAUCGUUUGAGGGAAUCCAAAUCUCGUCUGCAGUGUGGUGAAGUUUUAAUCCCGAAUAAUUUAACGUUAAGAAUAGCUAAAGACUGUUUGAAGAUGUCCGAAAGUGAACCCUGCGGACUGAGAGGUUGCGUGAUUUACAUAAAUUUGGAAGAGAAGAAUGCGUGCCAUAGGUUAGGCAAAGUGGUCUGUGAUACAGAUACGGUUUCGACCUUCGAAAUCACACUCAAUCUUCGACAGGACUGUAAUAAAUGGCUUAACCUGACACGACUUGUACCUGAACGACUUUUAAAAAAAUUCGGGAAAGAUCGAGCUUUAGUCAUCAGCGAAAGCUAUACACUUCGCAAGAAAAAAUUGUAUAGGUCGAACAGUAGCUGAUUCGAAUCCAUAAAAGAAAAAAAAAAAAAAAGCCAUAGUACGCACAAUCUUUAAGAAUGUGUGGGAACAUGUGAUUAUUUUUCCUUUUUUUUUUUUUUGAAUGAUUGUCGUGUGUAGUAAUUGAUCUUUUUCAUGUUAUAAAAAUAGGCAGCUUUCUACUUACUUCAGGCUGCUUUCUUCUCGACACAUAUAAGAAAAA